CUCAUCCCUUAUCUCGUUCCUUCCUCCACCAGAAACUUCUCUUCUCUCCCCUUCCUCCACCAUUUCACACCCACCACCACCAAACCACUUCUUCUUUCUCUCCUUCCUUCCUCCAUGGAAGACUACAACACCCACCAAUCUCCUCCUCAAUUCCCCAUCUUCCCCUCUCAAAUCCUUCCAAGCUCUCCGAAGCCCUCAAAUGGGCCGCCCAUACCAACUCUCCACCUCCCUCCAUCUCGAUCCUUCCCGCCGACACCACCGACCCUGCUUCCCUUCGCCUGCUCUGCGCCCAAACCAGGCUGCUCCUCAACUACGUCAGUCCAUUUCGUCUCUACGGCGACCCUAUCGUUGCCGCCUGCAGUCAGACCGGCUGCGAUUACUUGGAUAUCUCCCGGCUGCUGCUGGUGGCGGGGCGACGAGGUGCAUGCGGCGGGAUGCGGCGGGGCGAGGUUUUUUGCGCCGCUGCGCGAGAAGGGGGAAGGGCGGAAGGGUUGAGCGGAGCGGCGCUGCUGCUGGUGGCGGGGCGACGAGGUGGAGGCGGCGGGGCGGAGAAGGGGGAAGUGCGGAAGGGUUGAGCGGCGCCGUCGAAUGCUUUUGGAGGGGGAGGGAGUCUACUUAGGGAGUUAGGGUUAGAGAGGAGGAGGAGGAUUGAAGCGGGUCGUUUUGGGGAAAGGGAAGGGGUCGGUUAGCCGGUUAACCGCCGGUUUCAGACCCCGGUUAGUCGGCUAGCCGAACCUCUUCUCAUCUCCACCGCCAACCGACCGACGCAAGCAGAAACAGUUUUUCGGUUAGCCAAAAACCGGUCAGUUCGGUUGAAACCGUCCGGUUAACUGCUAACCGGAAACCGUUCUGCCACCCCUAUUUUAGACUAGUGAUUCUAUGGACGGUUUGUUAGCUAAGUUGGCCAACUAACACUUCCGUUAAGAGAACCGUCAACUUUCACUAACGCAUGUUGCUGGGUAAAUUGCGUGUUUGGUCACUGAAAUUACUUUAAAAGUUCAUAUUUGCCACUAAAAUUAAUUUAUUCUAUCCGU